AUGAAUCAAAACAACGCAGCGGCCAAUGCAUACCCUACGCCUGCACCCUCCCCGCCAAGUGGCAUCACUGCAACUCCCUCGACUGGAUCCCCGAUAACAGUGGUAGCCUCUUCCCGAGCUGUCGUAUCAGGACGCUUGACAUCCGCUACCAUAGUCAUAUCUCAAACCACCGGAAAGGUCACGUCGAUCUUCUAUUCCAUCCUCCCGCCAUCCGAUUUCCCGCUCGGUACUCCAUAUGUCGAUCAUUCACCCCAUAUCUUGCUCCCCGGGCUGGUUGAUGCUCACGUGCAUCUAAAUGAGCCAGGAAGGACGGAAUGGGAGGGAUUCUAUACGGGCACACAGGCUGCCGCGUUUGGCGGUGUGACUACCGUGAUUGACAUGCCGCUAAAUGCUAUACCUCCAACUACUACAGUGGAAGGCUUGCAAGAGAAAGUCAAUGCGGCUCACGGAAAAUGCUGGGUGGACGUAGGCUUCUAUGGGGGUAUUGUUCCUGGAAACUUAGGAGAAUUAAAGCCUCUUGUACGCGAGGGCGUAAGAGGAUUCAAAGGCUUCCUCAUUGAUAGCGGAGUUAAGGAAUUUCCGGCCGUCUCUGUGGGAGAUAUCUCAAAAGUCAUGUCUGAACUGGCAGAUGAGCCUACCACCGUCAUGUUCCACGCAGAGAUGAUCCCUCCCAUUACCGAUUCUGUUGGGGACGAUGUGCAAACCUCGCUGCCUCCUCUAGCUCCCCAUGGUCCUCUCAACGCGUACAAGACGUUCCUUUCCUCGCGGCCUUCAUCCUUCGAAACUUAUGCCAUUGAAGCGAUCCUAUCACUGGCGCAUCUGGCUCCUGACCUGGCCCUCCACAUUGUUCACCUUUCUGCUAUGGAAGCCAUUCCGCUUCUGCGGAAAGCCCGUGCUCAAGGCAUCAACAUCACAGCCGAAACAUGCCCGCACUACCUCUCACUAGCGGCGGAAGAGAUCUCAGAAGGCGACACCAGACACAAAUGUUGUCCACCAAUUCGUGACCAGUCGAAUCAAGAUCGACUAUGGCAGGAACUGCGGGAGUAUGCGGCAGAAGGAGUCAUCAAGACAGUCGUCUCUGACCACUCGCCCUGCACGCCUGACCUCAAAUUGCUACCCUCCCAUGUCCCGGGGCACGUCUGUGCACCAGGUAGCGCUACUCAUACUCCCGAGCUCCCAAGCGAGCAGGGCAAUUUCUUCUCAGCCUGGGGCGGCAUCUCCUCCGUUGGCCUGGGUCUACCCAUCCUGUGGACCGAGAUGACGCAUCGAGGACUCACGGCGCCAGACUCCGCAAUCACCGAUCUGGUGCAAUGGUGCUGCGUCAACACCGCCGCCCAGGUAGGUCUAGAGAAGCAAAAGGGUGAGCUUGCCGUCGGUUUUGAUGGCGACAUCUGUGUUUUCGAUGACGACGCGGAAUGGAUUGUCGAGCCUAGUACCAUGCUUUUUAGGAACAAGUGCUCUCCGUAUCAGGGAAAGUUAAUGAGGGGUCAGGUUAGGGAGACGUGGGUACGAGGUCAGAGGGUUUUCGUGAGAGGGGCUGGGAAUGGUGGCUUUGUGGGCAAGGCCUGUAGUGGAAGGUUAUUGCUGGAGCCGAGGGUGAAAGGGUUGAAGAGGACGAAGAGUUAG